AACUCCAAACCCGUGCUGUGCAUCUCCUCCCCCCUCCUCCCGCAUUAUCCUCCUCUUAAACCAUAACAACAAAAUCAUCUUCUUGCAAUUGCAGUUGUAGUUGUAUCUAUAGUCGGCGCCGCCUCUUCCAACCACCUCUCCUUCUCUGCUUCUGCUAUUCUCGCUAGGUAAAUGAUUUGCAGUUCAACGUAGAUGAGAUGGUUUUGGUGACCCAUCAUACACAGAGUUCUUGUGCUGCAGUUCCUCUACGAAACUCAUCAUGGAGCAAUGGAUUAAGAUUGAAGCAAAAUGUUGUCCGGUUUCAUAUGAUUUUACGAACCGAUAAGUAUAUUUCAGUGAAGCAGGCUUUUCCUUUGAGGCCAACACCCAGAUAUGUACAUGAAGCAAAAGGGAGAUCGUCGCACAUUUCUUCCUUCAAAGGAAACACCCAAAAUGAUAAAGCUGAAGAUGCUUCAAAUAAACCAUUAUCACCGAAAAGCUCAGUCAAAAUCUCUUUUCUCCAACAAGAAAGGGACGAAAACGAAAAUAUACAAGAGUCUGCCACUGCCGAGGACAUGCCAGAAUCCCAGACUGUACGUGGACUAUUCUUGAAAUGGUUGAGUCUUCUGAAAACAGGAGCAUCUGCUGAAGCUGCAGAUGAUAUCCUGGGAGGACCACCUCAAACAGACCAUCUGACAGAGCAAAAAGCAAUCAACACUAAGGAAAGAGGGGGGAUUCUGAAGGUGGUUUUGGGCUACUUUCUGGGACUGGAUGCAGCAAUAACUGUUCCCUUACUAAUAUUCAUUCCUCUCUAUCUAGCUGUAAAUUUGAAGUAUGGCAGUCAAGUUUCAAGAGAAUUAACCCCCUUGUGGGUGAUGGGCCCAUUGUUUGUCGCUCUUUAUGUUAAGCUGCUUCGGGUGAUAUUUUCUCUAUAUGUUUUCUCCUUCAAGCAAUCGGUUAAGGUAAUAAAAAACCUACCAAAUGCGCUGAGCUACAUUGCUCAAGGGAAGCUUAAAGAAGAAAUCCAUGCUCGAUUUUGGCAACCAGUAAUCGAUAUAAAAAAUCUAGACUACAAAGCGUUUACAGUGAGGAAAUGGAAGGCAAUUCAAGAGUGGAUAGUUGAGAAGUACCUUGAUUACGUGGAAUCAAUAUGGCCGCACUAUUGCAGGACAAUUAGGUUUCUAAAGAGAGCUAAUUUUAUAUAAAUAGGUUUGUUCGUAUCAUCAAACUGGAACAGUUCUCUCAUUCUGUGGUCUGAACUCUGACACUUGAACGAGUUGCAUAUGCUGGUGGAGGAAAUAACCUGGGUUUUGUUCCUAUUCUCAAUCUCUGUUACAUCUUCUCACAUCUUUUGCAGCAACACUGAGGAUCUCAUCUGUAGGCGAAGUUUAGUGUACAACUGUAAUAUUGUUUUUUUUUUCUUUCUUUUUGGUUUUGAGUUGCAAAGUGCUUGGUGCCUCCACAUUAAGGAGGAUUUUGUUUUGCCCUUUAUCCAUUAUUAUCAGUACUGAGAUGAGCUCUAGUUCUUCUGAUAAAGUUUCUGAAUGAGCAAGCUUACGGAAUCAUUUCUUUGUGUUUCUAA